AUGGUUGGACUGAAGCCUUCAGAGGUGCCUCCCACAACGGCUGUGAAGUUCCUGGGGGCGGGCACAGCGGCCUGCUUUGCUGACCUCCUCACCUUUCCACUGGACACAGCCAAGGUCCGCCUGCAGAUCCAGGGGGAGAACCAGGCGGCCCGGAGCGUGCAGUACCGCGGGGUGCUGGGCACCAUCCUGACCAUGGUGCGCACCGAGGGCCCCCGCAGCCCCUACAAAGGCCUGGUCGCCGGCCUGCACCGCCAGAUGAGUUUCGCCUCCGUCCGCAUCGGCCUCUACGACUCCGUCAAGCAGUUCUACACCCCCAAGGGAUCGGACCACUCCAGCAUCACUACCCGGAUUUUGGCGGGCUGCACCACCGGGGCCAUGGCAGUGACCUGUGCCCAGCCCACGGAUGUGGUGAAGAUCCGAUUUCAGGCCAGCGUGCACGCUGGGCCCGGGAGCAAUAGGAAGUACAGCAGGACAAUGGAUGCCUACAGGACCAUCGCCAGGGAGGAAGGGGUCAGGGGCCUGUGGAAAGGAACUCUGCCCAACAUCACGAGAAAUGCCAUCAUCAACUGUGCUGAGAUGGUGACCUAUGACAUCAUCAAGGAGAAGCUGCUAGACUACCACCUGCUCACCGACAACUUCCCCUGCCACUUCAUCUCUGCCUUUGGAGCUGGCUUCUGUGCCACAGUGGUGGCCUCCCCAGUGGAUGUGGUGAAGACCCGGUAUAUGAACUCACCCCCAGGCCAGUACCGCAGCCCCUUCGACUGUAUGCUGAAGAUGGUGACCCAGGAGGGCCCCACAGCCUUCUAUAAGGGAUUUACACCCUCCUUUUUGCGUCUGGGAGCCUGGAAUGUGGUGAUGUUCGUCACCUACGAGCAACUGAAACGGGCUUUGAUGAAAGUCCAGAUGCUACGGGAAUCUCCGUUUUGA